UCCCAUUAGGCAUGGACAUAAAAGCAGGCUGUUGAUUUUGCCCCUGCUUCUGUCUUGUUAAAGCCAGCACAAUUUUCCCUUUCUUCCCUGCAUCUGAAGAUACAGUUACAGUAGCAUUCAGAAAACAUGGCUUUUGUAGCACCACCAGGCUACCAGCCUUUGUAUAAUCCAACUAUCCCAUAUGUAGGUCCUAUCAGUGGUGGACUUAGAGCAGGAAUGUCCAUCUAUAUCCAGGGAAAGAUUCAACAUCAUAUUAACAGGUUUCAUGUGAAUCUGCAGUGUGGUGAAUUUGACGGAUGUGACAUCGCUUUUCAUUUUAACCCUCGUUUUGACCUCUGGGACAAAGUGAUCUUCAACACUUUCCAGAAUGGAGCAUGGGAAGGAGAGGAGAAAGUCAAAAAGAUGCCGUUCCGCAAGGGAGAGCAUUUCGAGUUGGUCAUUGUCGUCAACUCGGAGGGCUAUCAGGUGAAAGUGAAUGGCAAAGAAUUUCACCUAUUUCAGCACAGAAUGCCUCUCGAUCGAGUGUGUGCCAUAGAGAUUGGCGGAGAUGUGUCCAUUGACACUAUCAACCUCAUUGGGGGCAUGCAAGGCAUGGGGGGAGGUUAUCCAGGAGGUGGAAUGGGUGGCAUGGGGGGAGGAAACAUGGGAUAUCCAGGAGGGAAUCUUCCAGUAAUGGGAUUGCAGCCUAUCUUCAACCCUGUCAUUCCCUAUUCAGAUAUGAUCCCUGGUGGAAUGGUAUCCAAGAGGACCAUUAUCAUUAGAGGCAUGGUGCCUUAUCAAGCUGACAGGUUUUGGAUUAAUUUUCUAGUCGGCGGCUCACGAAACAUUGCCUUUCACAUCAACCCUCGAAUUAGAGAAGGACUGGUAGUCCGUAACUGCCAGAUUGAUGGCUCCUGGGGUGAUGAAGAAACUGAUCUCAACUUCAACCCCUUUCAGGAGGGACAGUACUUUGAGAUCUCCAUUCGCUGUUCUGAAGAGAAGUUUAAGGUGUAUGCAAACGGGCAGCACAUGUGCAAUUUCCACCACCGCCUCCGGCCUUACAAUCAGAUCAACAUGCUGGAGGUUGGAGGAGACGUCCAGCUCUCAUACAUCCAUUACUGAGUCUGCCUUCUCAGUGCAUCUUGCAUUCUUCCUGUGUUAGCUAUUAGGCACUUCUUUGUAAUAAACAUUACUGAAAAUUGUCAGCUACUUACCAUCAGCCUCCUAGAAGCUAGCUGUAGGUUAUACACCCAUACACACAUGUUAAACAUCAGAUACAUAUCAAUACAGUACUUCCCCAUUAAAGAUACUUUCUACAUG